AUGGUGGAAGAGUUCUCUGGAGUGGCCGACUUCUUGUUGGUCUACAUCGAUGAGGCUCAUCCUUCAGACGGCUGGGCAGCUCCUGGCAUCUCCUCUUAUGAAGUGAAGAAGCAUAGGAACCAAGAAGAUCGUUGUGCUGCUGCCAACAAACUCCUUGAGCAAUAUUCCCUCCCCCCACAGUGCCAGGUGGUUGCAGACUGCAUGGACAAUAACACCAACGUGGCCUACGGGGUUUCUUUUGAAAGAGUGUGCAUUGUACAGAGGCAAAAAAUUGUGUACCUUGGAGGUAAAGGGCCAUUCUUCUACAACCUCCAGGAAGUAAGGCAAUGGUUGGAACUCACAUUUGGAAAGAAGGCAGGAAGUGGACAAACUGGCACAGAAAUGACUAACGAUGAAGGAAUAAGACAGAAAACCAGUCUAUUUUUGUUAUAG